CUUGGAAUAUAGAACACUCUCGAAAUUUUCACAACUCUUGUGUGUGUGUGUGUUUUUUUUUUGUUCUUUCAAUCUACAAAGCUUUUCGAAACGAGUAGUUAGGGUUUUAGAAAUUGGGUGAAAAAAAUGGCUGAACAUGAGGAGAAGCACGAGGAAUCGUUGAUGGAGAAGAUAACGGAGAAGAUCCACGGCCAUGAUUCAUCGUCGUCAUCGUCGGAUUCUGAAGACGAUAAGCCAUCAGAAUCGUCGAUCAAGGCCAAGGUCUUCCGUCUCUUUGGGAGAGAAAGGCCCGUCCACCACGUUUUCGGUGGAGGCAAACCGGCUGACAUUCUCCUGUGGAGGAACAAAAAGAUUUCGGCCGGAGCUCUUGGUGUUGCUACUGUGAUAUGGGUUUUAUUUGAGUUGCUUGAGUACCACCUUCUCACUUUAGUGUGUCACUUGUUAAUACUUGCUCUUGCAAUACUCUUCUUGUGGUCAAAUGCUACUACCUUCAUCAACAAGUCUCCACCUCGCAUUCCCGAAGUUCAAAUCCCUAAGGAACCAGUUGUAGAAUUUGCCCAAGCACUUAGUUUUGAGAUUAACUGGGCUUUUUCUGUCCUGCGGGAUAUUGCAUCAGGAAGAGAUCUUAAGAAGUUCCUCUCUGUGAUUGCUGGCUUGUGGGUCUUGUCUAUUGUGGGAAGUUGGUGCAACUUCUUGACAUUGUUCUACAUAGUCUUUGUACUACUUCAUACCGUACCUGUGCUGUAUGAGAAAUACGAGGACAAGGUGGACCCAUUUGCUGAGAAAGCAAUGCAUGAGAUUAAGAAGCAAUAUGCGGUGUUUGAUGCUAAAGUUCUAAAUAAGAUUCCAUGGGGACCAUUAAAGGAAAAGAAGAAGGAUUAGAUUCACCGACCAAGAUGUUGGUGUUGCUAGGUUCUGACAUACAUCUGGUAGCUGCGUUUUGUGAAGGUGGUGUUAAAUUUUAUCCAGUAUAAGCUAGAACCCGGCUGUCAUCCUUUAUUUUCGUAGUUUCUGGGUUCUCAAUGUUGAUGAAUAUGGGAUUUUUUUUUAAAUCUUGUUUUUGCUACACACGUGGUAGCCUUUCCAUGGAUCUAUAAGCUAUGUGACAAUAUGUUAUCAUAUUGCAUGUUGAUUAGUGCAUUGUACAUUGGGUUGAAAGUUCUCCAAAAUUGUUCUGGAUUCCUUUCGGAAUGGUCACUUUGCUCUGUGUUUUUGGACUGAUUGACCUCCAAUCAUAAUCGUUUAAAUUGCUGUUACAUGUCUGCGUAGACA